ACAUUGUAUUUAUUUAAUGCAUAUCAAUAUAGCAAAAGGUGAAAUUUUUUUUCGCAAUAUGCGUAAUGAAAGUUUAAUAUUGGAAACUAAAAAUAGUGAUCUACAAAAUUAUUCAACAAAAACAAAAUGUUCUCUACAAUAUCCUGCAGCAAUAACUGCUUGCCUUAUACGAUUGGGAUUUGGUACAGCAAAUUAUUGGACAUCACCAGCAGUACCACAUCUAAUCUCAUCAAAUUCAUCAUUUACAAUAACACCUGACGAAGCAUCAUGGAUAGUAUCAUUAAUUUCAUUUGGAAGUAUCAUUGGUUUUAUUCUCUAUCCAAUUUUUAUCAAUCAAAUAGGACGAAAAUAUACAAUGCUUUUAUUUACAAUACCACAAGUAUUUUCAUGGCUUACAAUUUAUUAUGCAUCAAAUAUUUAUCAUCUUUAUGUGGCAAGAAUUCUCUCUGGAAUUGGUUAUGCGGCUGGUUAUAUUGUGGAAAUUAUUUAUAUUGGUGAAAUAGCGGAAAAAAAUAUAAGAGGUAUUUUAAUUGUCAUUGGAAAAAUAGCAUAUAUUUUAGGAUCAUUAAUUGUUGUUAUAUUGGGAGCAUUUGUUUCCUAUGAUAAUAUGAAUUUAAUUCUAUUAUUAAUAUCACUUUUAUUUUUUCUAACAUUUACAUUUAUGCCUGAAUCACCAUAUUUUUGUGUAAAUAUAAAUAGAGAUGAUGAUGCUGUAAAAAAUCUUAUUAAAUUGCGUGGUAGGCGUGAUAUAAAAAAAAUUCAAUUAGAAAUUAAAAAUAUGAAACAAGGAUUGAGAAAUAAUAUUUUAAAACGAAAUUCAAUGAUAAAAUUAUUUACAAUUGAAAGUAAUCGAAAAGCAUUGUUGAUAGCUACUCUUGGAACAUUGGGUUUUAUAUUAUCUGGAUAUACUGUAAUUGCAGCCUAUACACAAACAAUUGUCAGCUAUAUUGAUUGUCCCUUAAAAUCAGAAGAAAUAACAGUUUUAAUAAUGAUGGUGGUAUUAAUAUCGUGUAUUAUAUUUGCACCAUUAACAGAUUUGAUUGGUAGACGAAUUUUAAUAUUAUUGUUUAGUAUUAUCACUGGAUUUAGUUCUAUAACAAUAGGUGGUUUUUUCUUUUAUAAAUAUCAUCAAAAUGGAAAUAUAUCAUCAAUUUAUUGGAUAACAUUAAUUAUAUUUUUGAUUUAUAUAAUAGCAAGUAGUGCUGGUUUAUUUCCACUAAGUCAUAUUUUGUUAGCUGAAAUUUUUUCAAUUGAAGUCAAAAGUACAGCAAUUGCUUUAAUUAAUAUUUUAUGGGCUGUUGUUGAAUUUUUUCUUAAAUUAAGCUUUGAACGUUUAAUUGAAAUUAUUGGAAUUUAUAGUGUAUUUUGGAUAUAUGGAAUUUUAACAAUUAUCGUUAAUUUUUCUAAUUUUAUUAUUAUGCCUGAAACUAAGGGUAAAACUUUGGAGGAAAUACAAGAAUUAUUUUAGAACGUUGAAGCAA